CCAGUUUCCAAACCUGAUGUGAUCUCCCAGCUGGAACAAGGAGAAGAGCCAUGGGUCCCAGACCUCCAGGGUUCAAAGGAAAGAUUGAUCCUGAGAGCCCCCUGCACAGCAGGUGAUGCAAUGACAUGUGAGAAAGAGGAGCAGAAUUCUCAACAGGAAAAUGUCGAGCAAGUGGAUAAACAUAGAAAAUUAUUGCAAAGAUCAAAAAGAAAUGUGUCGAAGAGUCAUGAGCAGAGAAAAUCAUGCAAGACUCAGCACAGACCACAAAGCAAGCAGGGAAAGCAGCCAGGAGAGAAAAUGGGUAAAUUUAUUUCCUGUUGGGAAACUCAGAAGAGUGUCAAGGAAAGCACAACACAGCAGGAAAUCCUCAUGGGAAAGAGGAAAAAUACAUGCUGUGAGUGUGGUAAAAGCUUCUCUAGCAGCUCAGACCUUUCUAAACAUCAGAGAAUCCACACAGGGAAGAGGCCCUAUGAAUGCCGUGAGUGUGGGAAAACCUUCACUCAGAGAUCAGGCCUUUCUCAACAUCAGAGAAUCCACACAGGGGAGAGGCCCUAUGAAUGCAGUGUGUGUGGGAAAAAUUUCACUUACAGAUCAAGCCUUUCUCAACAUCAGAGAAUCCACACAGGGGAGAGGCCCUAUGAAUGCCGUGAAUGUGGGAAAAGCUUCACUUGCAGGCAGAGGCCCUUUGAAUGCCAUGAGUGUGGGAAAAGCUUCCUUCACAGCUUUCACCUUUCUAGCCAUCAGAGAAUCCACACAGGUAUGAGACCCAAUGGAAGCAGUGAGUGUGGGAAAACUGUGUCCUGCCACUGA